AUUCACCGUUUUGUCACAAUUAUGUAAUGAUGUAUUGUUCAAGUAGUGGUUUUUUUUUCUUUCAUUUGUAAACGUCGAUGCAAAGUAAUUCGCCCACAAAAUAAAAGCAAGGUACUUGUUAAGCAGCGCAUGAUCUAAUCGUAUAGAUUAUUUGUAUUACCAUCUGAGAUGAACCAAGCCAGGAACUUCUUGGUGAAAUUUGCUGGAGGCAAUGUGUGCCUCCACAAAGACUCCUCGAUUGGGGUGGCACGGAUAAUGCUGGAUAAUCCCCAAAGACGCAAUGCUAUUACUGGUAAUAUGAUGGUCAAGUUGAGAGAAUGCGUGGAGGAGUUGGAAGAAUGGGAAGAAGGCAAGGCUGUGGUUUUGCACGGGAACGGCGCUAACUUAUGCUCCGGAGGCGAUCUGGAUUUUGUUAAAGCUACUGGAUAUCCAGAGGCGGCUUCUAUUAUGAAUAGCUGGAUGCAAGAUACCAUGAUGAAGCUCAGAAAUCUACCAAUGGUUAGUGUGUGCCUAAUACAAGGACCUACACUCGGAGGCGGCGCCGAGAUUUCCGUGUAUUGCGAUUACAUUUUAGCGGCAGAAGACGUCAAAUAUGGAUUUGUUCAAGGUAAAAUGGGUAUCGUAACAGCAUGGGGAGGAGGCACACUAUUGGUGCAAAAACUGGGAAGGCGGAAGGCUAUGGACCUUAUGCUCACCUCGAGGAUACUUUCUGCCGACGACUGCAUGGACAUGGAUAUAGCCGAUGGCGUGCUGAAAGGACCCGACUAUCUAGGAGAGGUCAUCGAAUGGCUAGGGCCUCGCAUACAGCAUCACCACUCGAUUACUCGAACCAUUAAGCAAAUCGUCGCCAGCGAAGAAGACCUACAGCAAUCCCUUGAAUCGGAACGGAAGGCAUUCGUUCCGUUCUGGGGCGGCGAGCUGAACCAAAAGGCCCUUGAGAAGCGCAUCAAGCAUGUCCAAUGAUUAUAUCCCGGUGUUUUUCCAUCGCAGCGAACGGAGCAAUAGUUUGCGCGACGCGGCGCCAAUAUUGAUUUACCAUAGGGGAUGCGAACAAUAGGGGUGGAGAUUCGAGCACGGGAUGUAUUGAUGAUCAUAAUAAUAAUAAGAAUAAUUGAAAACCGAAAGAAUAACAAAACUGCUUUAUAUAUUUCUCUUGCAUCAGUCUAAAUCGACUGUUUUAUUUACCUCUCUUUAAGUAUUGGUUAAUUGGUGGGCGAUUUUGUAAACAGAGCCUUGACCGGAAUCAAAGCGCGAAGAAGAUUGAACAAACCGCAUUUUAUUUAUAAUAUGUGGGACCCACAUCCGGGAUUAUACCGCUUUUUUUCCACAUUUUUUCUACCUCUUGUAAUUUUUGUCUCUUUCCUUUUGCCUCUGCGCUGCAACCUUGAUGGAUAAGUGACUUGAGGUCAGGCCCUUUUUCGCUGCUCGCUGCGUGCCACUUUGUGGUACAACGCAACCCCCGCCGAUAUUGACUCAUGAUAGAUUCCUCAACUAUUGACUAUUUUCGUUUCUAUUAUUUUUUUUUCCUGUGGGCCGACGCCAAGGUGACGCCUGCGAAGACACCUACAAGUUCAAUCGUCAGAAGAGAAACAAAACAAAAAUACGCAACCUCUAUAAUUUUUUUUUAAACGAUUUCAAACUUCUUUUCUAAUGAAGAUAGAUGUGUCGCAACAGCAUUGAGCAACUAAUUUUUUUUUAAGUCGCGUCAACGUUUUUGCUCAUUUCAUUUGCGCUUCCCCGAA